GGCGCAGCGCCGCGCAGCCCUCUCGCUCACACAAAGCCCAGACGCGGAGAAAAUGGCGGCAGGGGUCGAAGCGGCGGCCGAGGUGGCGGCGACGGAGCCCAAAAUGGAGGAGGAGAGCGGCGCGCCUGGCGUGCCAAGCGGCAACGGAGCUCCGGGCCCGAAAGGUGAAGGAGAACGACCUGCUCAGAAUGAGAAGAGGAAGGAGAAAAACAUAAAAAGAGGAGGCAAUCGCUUUGAGCCAUAUGCCAAUCCAACUAAAAGAUACAGAGCCUUCAUUACAAACAUACCUUUUGAUGUGAAAUGGCAGUCACUUAAAGACCUGGUUAAAGAAAAAGUUGGUGAGGUAACAUACGUGGAGCUCUUAAUGGACGCUGAAGGAAAGUCAAGGGGAUGUGCUGUUGUUGAAUUCAAGAUGGAAGAGAGCAUGAAAAAAGCUGCUGAAGUUCUAAACAAGCAUAGUCUGAGUGGAAGACCACUGAAAGUCAAAGAAGAUCCUGAUGGUGAACAUGCCAGGAGAGCAAUGCAAAAGGUGAUGGCUACGACUGGUGGGAUGGGUAUGGGACCAGGUGGCCCAGGAAUGAUUAAUAUCCCACCCAGUAUCCUAAAUAAUCCUAACAUCCCAAAUGAGAUUAUCCAUGCAUUACAGGCUGGAAGACUUGGAAGCACAGUAUUUGUAGCAAAUCUGGAUUAUAAAGUUGGCUGGAAGAAACUGAAGGAAGUUUUUAGUAUGGCUGGUGUGGUGGUCCGAGCAGACAUUCUUGAGGAUAAAGACGGAAAAAGUCGUGGAAUAGGCACUGUUACCUUUGAACAGUCCAUUGAAGCCGUGCAAGCUAUAUCUAUGUUUAAUGGCCAGCUGCUGUUUGACAGACCAAUGCACGUGAAAAUGGAUGAGAGGGCCUUACCAAAGGGAGAUUUUUUCCCUCCUGAGCGUCCACAACAACUUCCCCAUGGACUUGGUGGUAUUGGCAUGGGGUUAGGACCAGGAGGGCAGCCUAUUGAUGCCAACCAUUUGAAUAAAGGCAUUGGAAUGGGCAACCUGGGACCUGCAGGAAUGGGAAUGGAAGGCAUAGGAUUUGGAAUAAAUAAAAUGGGAGGCAUGGAAGGACCCUUUGGUGGUGGUAUGGAAAACAUGGGUCGAUUUGGAUCUGGGAUGAACAUGGGCAGAAUAAAUGAAAUCCUAAGUAAUGCCCUGAAGAGAGGAGAGAUCAUUGCAAAGCAGGGAGGAGGUGGAGGCGGAGGCAGUGUCCCUGGAAUUGAGAGGAUGGGCCCCGGCAUUGACCGCAUCGGGGGGGCCGGCAUGGAACGCAUGGGCGCAGGCCUGGGCCACGGCAUGGAUCGUGUGGGCUCCGAGAUUGAGCGCAUGGGCCUGGUCAUGGACCGCAUGGGCUCCGUCGAGCGCAUGGGCUCUGGCAUCGAGCGCAUGGGCCCCCUGGGCCUCGACCACAUGGCCUCCAGCAUCGAGCGCAUGGGCCAGACCAUGGAGCGCAUCGGCUCUGGCGUGGAGCGCAUGGGUGCCGGCAUGGGCUUUGGCCUCGAGCGAAUGGCCGCGCCCAUUGACCGUGUGGGCCAGACCAUCGAGCGCAUGGGCUCUGGUGUGGAGCGCAUGGGCCCUGCCAUCGAGCGCAUGGGCCUGGGCAUGGAGCGCAUGGUGCCCGCAGGCAUGGGGGCAGGCCUGGAGCGCAUGGGCCCCGUGAUGGAUCGCAUGGCCACCGGCCUGGAGCGCAUGGGCGCCAACAACCUGGAGCGCAUGGGCCUGGAGCGUAUGGGCGCCAACAGUCUCGAGCGUAUGGGCCUGGAGCGCAUGGGCGCCAACAGCCUAGAGCGCAUGGGUCCUGCCAUGGGCCCGGCCCUGGGCGCUGGCAUUGAGCGCAUGGGCCUGGCCAUGGGUGGCGGUGGCGGUGCCAGCUUUGACCGUGCCAUCGAGAUGGAGCGUGGCAACUUUGGAGGAAGUUUCGCGGGUUCCUUUGGUGGAGCUGGAGGCCAUGCCCCUGGGGUGGCCAGGAAGGCCUGCCAGAUAUUUGUGAGAAAUCUCCCAUUUGAUUUUACAUGGAAGAUGCUAAAAGACAAGUUCAACGAAUGCGGCCACGUGCUGUAUGCCGACAUCAAGAUGGAGAAUGGGAAGUCCAAGGGGUGCGGUGUGGUUAAGUUUGAGUCGCCAGAGGUGGCUGAGAGAGCCUGCCGGAUGAUGAAUGGGAUGAAGCUGAGUGGCCGAGAGAUUGAUGUUCGAAUCGAUAGAAAUGCUUAAGCAGUUGCCUUUUUUAAACAUCGAUACCAGACCUCUGAAUUUGUAUUUUUUCUUGUUAACCAUUUUAAUUUGUUGGCUGGAUGUAUAAAGAUGUUUAAAAAAUUCAGUUGCUUUUUGGGGUAAUUUGAAUUACUUUUUUAAUGACUGGGGUUCCAUUUGACUGUUUGCAUUGAGAUUGCAAUGUGCGCAAUUUUUUUUGUAGUUGUGGCAUCUUGUUGACAUCGAAUAUGACUUUGAUAAUAAAUACCAGUUCCUGAAA